ACAUUGUGUGGGCCCUACAAAUUCCACUCCUAUUUGACAGUUCAGUUCUUACUUAGUUCCAAGUUCCAUCAUCGGAGACGCCGUGGAUUGAUGGAGCCAACCAAUCACAUAACGAUAAUCGUCAAAGACACGGAUGGGAUUAAAAAAAGGUAUUUUAGUAUUAGUAAAAAUACUAAAAUGAAGAAGCUUAUGAAUUCUUACUGUGAUCAUUACUCUCAUCAUUUUGACUCAAUCGCUUUUCUCUUUAAUGCUCGUCGCAUUUGGCCAGAUCAAACUCCAUAUGAGCUAGACAUAGAAGAUGGGGAUGAAAUAGACGCUGCCUUGUAUGAACGUUGGAGCGCAUGCAUCAAUAUCGAUGUAAAAGGCCAGGAUGGGUAUGGAGCUUCCUACAGCUUCCGAAGAAACUGUCCAUUGAAAAAGCUUAUGGAUGAAUAUUGCAAUCAAUAUGAUCUAGAUGUUAGUAGAGUUGGUUUUUUGUUUGACGGGCGUCUCGUCCAAGCUGAGCAGACUCCACACGAGCUGGGAAUUGAGGAUGGUGAUGAAAUGCUUGUUAUGCUUCAUCUGAGAAGACAUGUUUAGUGGAAAAAUUAUAAUGAAAAGCUUGCCAUGCU